AUGAGAAGCAGAGGACACAAACAGAGCAAAUUGAAACAAUACAUUGGCGCACCUACCAGAUUUCUAAGCAAGGCUAGAGACUUUUACGUCGAGAGCAUGGUGAGUUUGGAUGGGAAGGUAGGCUAUGGCAAUGUCGUGGGCUGUUCAGCUCCGCAAAUGCCCAACUUACCCAACAGUCUAUUGAGAAAGAGAAAUGAUGAUGAUGAUAUUAGGGAGCUUUUCCGAACGGUAUCUAUGUCGAAGGUGGAGUUGGACAGCCAUCGGCAACCAGGACGGAGACAGCCGGUGGUGGGUCCGAAUGGCAUAGGGAGGAGUUACAGCGUUGGGUUAGGAAAGAUUGGAACAAUUGAUGAAGACAAGCCCUGUGAUUUUGGGGAAGAAGAGUUUAUAAUGAAGAGUGAUUUCAUGUUUGCAAGAAGCAGGAGUUAUGCUGUUACAAAGAAGAAUGUUGGAUAUUAUUAA